AAAGACAAAACUGGUUGUGUCAUGGGGUAUUACUUCUCUUUCUUGGUGUGCAUUGUGAGCCUUUCACGUUACUGGCUUUUGUUUUUCUUUUUUAUAAUAGACUACACAUUGAGCACGGCCGGGUAUGCGAGACGGGAUGGGACUGGUGGGAAGGUCUCCGCCUCUACUCGAGCGCCUCGGCCAUUGCAUUUGACAAGCAGCGUGCGUUCUUGUGUCUUUGCCUUUCGCGUUGGGUGCCUGGGUUGCCGAUGGACGAGGUUGAACAGUGCCUGGUCACCGGCACUGUGGUGUAUGGGAGGUGGGUGCAUGCAUGCAUGGUCCAGCCCACGGGCCAAUCUUUCGAUCGUUCUUAUCUUCUGUUGCUUCCCCUUGUCGCGGGUGCCCCGGCCAUGGUGGACUUGCGGGCAAGGAGUGUGUUAUCUGGCUUGUGUUCAUGGAUGGGGCAGCGUUGGGACUGCGCGCUUCGCUUUUCUCACUUUCUCUACGGAUCAAGCGAGGGAUGGUCAGCGUUACGGUGCUUUUGGUCAUCUUGUGGUAUGUGUGCGAUUGUUUCCGACCGGUUAUAUUUAACGACCAUGAAGUCACGAAUUUCCUUGAUGAGAACACUCUAUAUUGUUGUGGUUUUUUCUCCAUUCCUGCAUCCCGGGCCCGUCGGGCCUGGAUUUUGUGUUUCUGUUUUGACUGUAUGGGCAUCAAAAAUUCCAUGGGCUAUUCAAGACAUCAAAGCGUGGUGUAUGUUCGUAGGUGCCGCCAUCGAUCUCCCUGUCCUCCGUAGUGGCCGAGGGAAUGAAUGGGUUGAUUAGUAGUAGGCUCGGCGGUUCAAGUGCCUGCCUCUGGUCUGCGCUUGGCCUCUCUGCCCCCUCUUACUCCCUCUUCC